AUGGGUGGCAAUCAAAUAUCAAAAAACGGAAGCGUUCGAAAUAAUAAUGUUACUGUUUCGUCGCGGAGAAACUCGAGAAUAAAAAAUAGGUUGUCGCUUAUAAACCCUGAAUUCGACUCGAGCAAUAGUAGCGACGACAUCAAUAGUAGUGGCAAGAAUAAAUAUAAAAUAUCUUUGAAUGAACAUGACAUUGAUCGACAUCAACAACUUCAUUACGCAUGGCGUUUAGUAUGGGAAACUAAUUAUUCGUCACCUGUCGGACACGUUUUAAAAAACAGAAAUAAUGUGAGAAUUUUGGAUGUGGGAUGUGGAUCUGGAGUAUGGUUAUUAGAAAUGGCAGCGAAUUAUCAAAAUGCCAAUUUCUUUGGAGUUGAUAUCGUCGAAUCUUUUCCCACCGAAAUUAAACCACCAAAUGUUAGAUUCCAAUUAGUAGAUUUACAAAAUGGAUUACCGUAUCCGGAAGAGUAUUUUGAUUUCGUUGUCAUCAGAAAUAUGCAGACGGAAUUUACAGUACCUGAAUGGCGUGAGACUAUUCUGCCAGAGUUGCAACGUGUACUGAAAUCCGGCGGAUUCAUUGAAUCAAAUGAAUAUAUAUGGAAGAUUGACGAGAUGGAUGCAGCAUUUAAUCUUCUUUUCAAUGCAUGGAAAUCAAACUACAAAGAACGGGACAUCGAAAUACACAUUGCAAAGCUGUUGCCCGAUUGGCUAGAAACCACCACUACCUGCACAUUCGCAAACACACACCAGGAGACACGGUCACAUCCACUUGGCACCGCUGGCGGAGAAGUAGCCAAAUCGUUUCAGGACAUCAUACUGAAUGAUUUUCGUACAAACAAGUCGCGAUUGUUGUCACAAAUGAACAUUAGCUCAAAAAGAUACGAUAACGCCGUAAUGCUGGUCCAACAGAAAUUUCAGAGUGACUGCAGCUGCGAUGGUGGUCAGGUAACAAAACAAAGUCUUGGUUACCUCUACCCAAAAAGUAUCAUAAGACUAAAAAAAAGUCUUUGUCCAUUGAUCCGACGUAAAAGAACAACAACAACCGGAGACAAUGACACUUUAAAUGGAACACAGAAUUUCAAGGAUAAUUGGAGCGACGGCGAUGAAGACAACAACGAAUGA